CCGGGCUCUGGCCGCGGCCGCCAGUCGGCGCCGCCCGGAGCCCGGAGCACGGCUCCAGCGAGGCGCGGGCUGUGGGGCCGCCGCGUGCCCGGCCCCGCUCGCCCGUGCCGGCCACUUGCCCGCCAUGCCCGGCUUCGACUACAAAUUCCUGGAGAAGCCCAAGCGACGGCUGCUGUGCCCACUGUGCGGGAAGCCCAUGCGCGAGCCUGUGCAGGUUUCCACCUGCGGCCACCGCUUCUGCGACACCUGCCUGCAGGAGUUUCUCAGUGAAGGAGUGUUCAAGUGCCCUGAGGACCAGCUUCCUCUGGACUAUGCCAAGAUCUACCCAGACCCGGAGCUGGAAGUACAAGUAUUGGGCCUGCCUAUCCGCUGCAUCCACAGUGAGGAGGGCUGCCGCUGGAGUGGGCCGCUAUGUCAUCUACAGGGCCACCUGAAUACCUGCAGCUUCAACGUAGUUCCCUGCCCUAAUCGCUGCCCCAUGAAGCUGAGCCGCCGUGAUCUACCUGCACACUUGCAGCACGACUGCCCCAAGCGGCGCCUCAAGUGCGAGUUUUGUGGCUGUGACUUCAGUGGGGAGGCCUAUGAGAGCCACGAGGGUAUGUGCCCCCAAGAGAGUGUCUACUGUGAGAAUAAGUGUGGUUCCCGCAUGAUGCGGCGGCUGCUGGCUCAGCAUGCCACCUCGGAGUGCCCCAAGCGCACUCAGCCUUGCACCUACUGCACUAAGGAGUUCGUCUUUGACACCAUCCAGAGCCACCAGUACCAGUGCCCAAGGCUGCCUGUUCCCUGCCCCAACCAGUGUGGUGUGGGCACUGUGGCUCGGGAGGACCUGCCAGGCCAUCUGAAGGACAGCUGUAAUACCGCCCUGGUGCUAUGCCCAUUCAAAGACUCCGGCUGCAAGCACAGGUGCCCUAAGCUCGCAAUGGCACGGCAUGUAGAGGAGAGUGUGAAGCCACAUCUGGCCAUGAUGUGUGCCCUGGUGAGCCGGCAACGCCAGGAGCUGCAGGAGCUUCGGCGAGAGCUGGAGGAGCUAUCAGUGGGCAGUGAUGGUGUGCUCAUCUGGAAGAUUGGCAGCUAUGGGCGACGGCUGCAGGAGGCCAAGGCCAAGCCCAACCUUGAAUGCUUCAGCCCAGCCUUCUACACACACAAGUAUGGUUAUAAGCUGCAGGUGUCUGCAUUCCUCAAUGGCAAUGGCAGUGGUGAGGGCACACACCUCUCACUGUACAUUCGCGUGCUGCCUGGCGCCUUUGACAAUCUCCUUGAGUGGCCCUUUGCCCGUCGUGUCACCUUCUCCCUGCUGGAUCAGAGCGACCCUGGGCUGGCUAAACCACAGCACGUCACUGAGACCUUCCACCCUGACCCAAACUGGAAGAAUUUCCAGAAGCCAGGCACUUGGCGGGGCUCCCUGGAUGAGAGUUCUUUGGGCUUUGGUUAUCCCAAGUUCAUCUCCCACCAGGAUAUCCGAAAGCGAAACUAUGUGCGGGAUGAUGCAGUCUUCAUCCGUGCCGCUGUUGAACUGCCCCGGAAAAUCCUCAGCUGAGUGCAGGCAGGGCUCAAGGGGAAAGGAGGAUGGGGCAGACCUGAGUCAGGCACUGCUGAACUUGGAGAGGGGGCCGGACCCCCCGUCCACAGCUUCCGCCUAGGUUCUGUUACCCCAUUCUUCCUCCCCGAACCACCACCCUCAGGUGCCUCCAAUCGGUGCUUCAGCCCUGGCCCCUGUGGGGAACAGGUCUUGGGGUCAUCAAGGGCUGGAAACAAGUGACCCCAGGGCCUGUCUCUCUUCUUGGGUAGGGCAGACAUGCCUUGGUGCCGGGUCACACUCUACCCGGACUGAGGUGCCUGCUCAGGUGCUAUGUCCCAAGAGCCAUAGGGGGGUGGGAGUUGGGGAUGGAGGAAGGGUACUUCAAAGUCUGUCUUGAGAUCUGAUUUUGUUCCCCUUUCCCUAGCUGUGCACCCUCUGGUUAUUUAUUUCCUUAGUACCAGGAGGGCGCAGCAGGGGAGCCCCGAUUUUUAAUAAAUCCGGAAUUGUAUUUAUUAA